GGGGAAGCGAAGCCUCCUAGAAGCCGGGAGCCGCGGCCGCCCUCCCGUCGCCAUGCCGAGCCCCCGGAGCAGCCGCGAGCGCCGCGCCGGCAGCGGCGGCAGCGGCCGCCUGGAGUUCCUGUCCCUGGUCAGCCAGCGCAGCCCCGGCGCCCCGGACAGCCCGUCACGCCGCAAGGAGUCGGGCAGCUCCGCCACGCCGCCGCUGCCCGAGGAGGACUGCAUGAAGCUGAACCCUUCCUUCCUGGGCAUCGCCCUCAGCUCCCUGCUCGCCAUCGACCUCUGGGCCUCCAAGCGCCUGGGCAUCUGCGCCAGAGAGGGCUCGGCUUGGGGCAGCGCGCGGCCCCUCAUGAAGGUCAUCGAGGUUUCUGGGCACGGCGUCCCUUGGCUGCUCGGCACCUUCUACGGGCUCUGCCAGAGCGACAGCUCAGCAGCCAGAGAAGUGCUGCUCAACCUGCUCUUCGCGUUGCUGCUGGACCUGGUGCUGGUGGCAGCGGUGAAGGGGCUGGUGAGGCGGCGGCGGCCCACCCACAACAAGAUGGACAUGUUCUUCACCGUCUCGGUGGACAAGUACUCCUUCCCAUCCGGCCACGCCACCAGGGCCGCCCUGGUCUGCCGCUUCGUCCUGCGGCACCUGGUGCUCGCCGUGCCGCUGCGCAUCCUCGUGGUGCUCUGGGCCCUCAUUGUCAGCCUCUCCCGGGUGAUGCUGGGCAGGCACAACAUGACGGAUGUGCUGUGUGGCUUGGUGCUGGGCUACGCGCUGUACGGCGUGGUGGAGUGCUGCUGGCUGUCCCCGCUCAGUGCGCCCGCCCUCUUUGCACUCUGGGGGCAUUGAUGGCUGGGCCUUUCCCCCGUGGAGGGACCCGUGCUGGGCUUCCUGAGCGCACACAGGGACUUGGACUCGCAUCCCAGACCCCAUCUGUCCAGCCAAGACGUCAACACUGGCGGUGCUGCAGGCUCCUGGGCCCGCACAAGACAUUUGGUGCUGUCUCGCCCUUCCAACGGGCCCGUCGGGCAGGGUGUGCACUGGCCAAGAAGCUGCACUGACUGUUCUCCCAUGAAGGAAACCAGUCCCUGCAGAGCCAAGGAAGGGCUCGGCACACUCAUCCGGCAGCUGACUGCUACUACUGUGAAUCUGCAUGCUCUUGCUGGGUGCCUGCUGCACUAGCCUAUGGUGUAUGCGGUAGCUAUGGCUUUGCAGAUAUUCUCCUGUGAUCUCCCCUGUUUCUGUGUGCUUUAAAUACACUGGUCGUGUUG